GGAGCUAGAGUGGCUGCAUGCGUGGCGGGGUGCCCUGCGUUCUUCCGGAAGUUUUCCAGCGCGAGGGCGGAAACGGGAGUUUACUUAGGGAGAGGAAGGCUUCGCUACCGCGUGUGGGAGUUGCGGUGACUUGCCCCCAGGUAUCAUGGCGGUCCGAGCGUCUUUCGAGAACAACUGUGAGAUCGGCUGCUUUGCUAAGCUCACCAACACCUACUGCCUGGUGGCCAUCGGGGGAUCAGAGAACUUCUACAGUGUGUUCGAGGGUGAGCUCGCUGAUACCAUUCCCGUGAUACACGCGUCCAUCGCCGGCUGCCGGAUCAUCGGGCGCAUGUGUGUGGGGAACAGGCAUGGUCUCUUGGUGCCCAACAACACCACCGACCAGGAGCUACAACACAUUCGCAACUCCCUCCCAGACUCGGUGCAGAUCCGUCGGGUAGAGGAACGGUUCUCGGCCCUAGGCAAUGUCACCACCUGCAAUGACUAUGUGGCCUUGGUCCACCCAGACCUGGACAGGGACACAGAAGAAAUCCUUGCUGAUGUGCUCAAGGUGGAAGUCUUCAGACAGACAGUGGCUGACCAGGUGCUAGUAGGAAGCUACUCUAUCUUCAGCAAUCAGGGAGGGCUAGUGCAUCCCAAGACUUCAAUUGAAGACCAGGACGAGCUGUCCUCUCUCCUUCAGGUGCCCCUUGUGGCGGGCACUGUGAAUCGAGGCAGCGAGGUGAUUGCUGCUGGGAUGGUGGUAAAUGACUGGUGUGCCUUCUGCGGCCUGGAUACAACCAGCACGGAACUAUCAGUGGUGGAGAGUGUCUUCAAGCUGAAUGAAGCUCAGCCUAGCGCCAUUGCCACCAGCAUGCGGGAUUCCCUCGUUGACAGCCUUACCUAAGUCACCUGCGCUGUUCUGUUGACUCCUGGCUCUGGACUUUGACUCCCUCUCCAUGCCCCACCCAGUCUGUACGGAUGCUGCCUGGGAGGUGGGAGGUGUCACGAGAGGUCACUGGAACUCAGUGGCUGCAUGUCGAGGCCUUCUUCACCUCUGCCCAUUUCCUGAACAUACAGUUACUAUAAAAACCUGGCUGGCUGUCAGGCCUUGUGGCUCCUGACUGAGGGUUCUGCUGUCUGUGUCACCCUAUUAAAGGGUAGCUUGCCUCUGCCCAUUCUGAA